GAAAUAAAUAAUUAUGAUUCUCACGCGAAAUCUAUUUACGAUUCCUGCAAUGAAAACGAACGUGGUUAUAAUUUUUUUCCUUCUAUUCCUUUCUUUUUUCUUUUUUUCGUCUUUUGUAAAAAUUGACAAAAAAGGCGAAAAAUGACGUCCCACAUACCGACGAUGUUUUAUUUUAGCUACGUAUAUGAAUUUAGAAUACGCUAGAAUAUGUCAUAAAUGUUAUUCGUAAGUUUAUAUUUAGUUCUCAAGUUUAUCAUAUAAUCUCAUUAAUAUCGCUUUUAAUAUGCAAUAAACAUAAAAUUAUAACUUUUUACAGGUCAGUCUAUUUUCGAAACGUUAUCCUACGACACAAAUCCCAUUAUUAGAGAUACGUCAAUCAAAUAUCUAUAAUCGUCAUGAUAAAUUUUUGUGCCAGGUACUAAAAUAUUUCCAUUGUUUCUUAUCAUUUCUCUCAAAAGAACUUUUAAAUAUAUGUGGCACAACUAUAGCAUCCCGUCAUGCGUAUUCAACGCAUUUCGACGCGUAUUCUGUAAUUAACCGAAAAUAAGCAGCGAGGCUACGGUAUGUACUAUUUAUGUGUGUACUAUUUAUCUUCUUUAUCGUUCUCAGAAGAGUUGAAUCAAUUCCCUCGUCAGUUCGAUCAGGGCGAUCAGAGAGAAGUAGCUCAAAAACAAAGUUACAAAAAGAAAUCUUAAUAGCAAUCCCUAACUCUGUAGAAUUUCACAACUAUGAGUCAAAUAAAUUGUACCGGAAAGUUGUCAUGCUACAAAACGUAAGCGAUUCUUCAGCCAAAUUUCAAUUGAUGGCAAGACCUAAUUACUCUCAUUUCACUGUCAUGAUCGAACGUAAAACACAAACGGCGAGUAUUUCUCCAGGAAUGUAUAUAAAAUUGAUUAUUUUCUUUCGUUGCGACAUCUUGGACGAACCCGAAGAAAUGUUAAUAAUAAAUGUGCAACAAGGACGUUCGGUAAUUAUUAAAUUACGCGGAUAUCGAGAUCCACCAUUACUGAGAGUGAUUAAUAUCCCUUAUUUCCAAUACUCACCAAAAGAACUGCAAACGAUGAUAAGAAACACGGAAUGGAUUGUGGAAAUUCCAUAUCGACAAACGGAUUCUUGCGAGGAAUACGUAUAGCCCUAUUUUCAAAUUUUUAAUCAAAUAAUCACACGGUUGCUUUUCUUAAGAGACAAUUAAUGAAAACUUACAGUCCACCGAUACAAGUAGG